UCUCUGGCUCUGAUGUUGGCAAAGGGGUUUUCUUAAUCAGACUGUUUUUUCGGUCCGAGGAAAAGGAGGUAGGAGAUUGUGAUGGAGAAAGGGGGUCUGUAAAACGUCAGGCGCCGCACAAAGGCUUUGCCACGUAAUUACAGGCUCCUAUUAAGUGGAGAUCUGCCCUCCCAGGGGUCUCCAAUUUUCUUGUAUUCCCUACAAAGCCUCCUCUCCAUGCCAGUCUGUGCCUUUUGAAGUGCCAGAGAGCUUCUUGAUCCAACUGAGAAGGGAAAAGGAGCGUUGCACGGAGAAGGGGGAGAGAGCGGAGGGAAGGGGGACCAGCCACCCUUCUGCAGACUCUUGAAACCCCGCUUCUUUAUUUCUUAUUUUUUUUCCUCCUUCGAAGAGUAAAGUGAGAAUCCUGCUCUCUAAUCCAUCUGCAAGACAUCACUCUCCUGAAAUUCUAGUCACUCCCGAGAAUCCACAGGAGUGCAGAGGGGGAACGCGCUUUCUUGAAGACAUUUUAAAGCUGGAACAAGCCUUCUUCUGUUGGUGCUUGAACCCUUGCCGGGGAAUAACUUUUUUUAACCUCUUUCUCUACUUUUUUUUUUUUUAACCCACUUUGAUUCUUCUCUCCACCCCUUCUUCUCUCUUCUGUUUGCCUAACUCCCCCGCCCUGCUGGUCUCCCCUUUCCUCUCUCCCCCUUAUUAUUAUUUUUAGUGUCUGCGUGUGGACACUUUUUGAGAGUUGGAAGGGAUAUAUUUUUUCUCUCUGAUUUCAGCAUAGAGUGUUUGUUUGUUUUUAUUUUUAAACUUUUUGGAGUGGAUUAUCUCUCUGGACUUGGCUUCAGCAAAGCAACAGAGGCUGCGGGAAAGUUACUUGUCCCGAAAGUUCUGCACUUCAGAAGGGGGUCUCCCCGCCCUCUGCGUCUCUCUCUCUCUCUCUCUCUCUCUCUCUCUCUCUCUCUCUCUCUCUCUCUCUCUCUCUCCACUCCCCCCUCUUUCUUCCCCACUCGGCUUCUCUCCCCCCUCACGCCCACAACGUUUGGUGUUGAUUCGAGCGGGAAGAGGGGGGUGGGUGGGAUAGGAGGGGAGACCAUGACCUCCAGCUACGGGCACGUUCUGGAGCGGCAACCGGCGCUGGGCGGCCGCUUGGACAGCCCGGGCAACCUCGACACCCUGCAGGCGAAAAAGAACUUCUCCGUCAGUCACCUGCUAGACCUGGAGGAGGCCGGGGACAUGGUGGCGGCACAGGCGGACGAAAGUGUGGGCGAGGCGGGCCGGAGCCUGCUGGAGUCACCGGGACUGACCAGUGGCAGCGACACCCCUCAGCAGGACAAUGAUCAGUUGAACUCUGAGGAGAAGAAGAAGAGAAAGCAACGGAGAAACAGGACAACCUUCAAUAGCAGCCAGUUGCAGGCCUUGGAGCGUGUCUUCGAGCGGACACAUUACCCGGAUGCUUUUGUUCGAGAAGACCUUGCACGUCGGGUGAACCUCACUGAGGCCAGAGUGCAGGUGUGGUUUCAGAACCGAAGAGCCAAGUUCCGCAGGAAUGAGCGAGCCAUGCUGGCUAAUAAAAAUGCUUCUCUCCUCAAGUCCUACUCAGGAGACGUGACUGCUGUGGAGCAACCCAUCGUACCUCGUCCUGCUCCCAGACCCACCGAUUAUCUCUCCUGGGGGACAGCCUCUCCGUACAGAUCUUCGUCCCUCCCAAGAUGUUGUUUACACGAGGGGCUUCAUAACGGAUUCUAACGGAAGACACUGAAAAGCGCCAUGGCUACUUAUUCUGCCACAUGUGCCAACAAUAGCCCUGCACAGGGUAUCAACAUGGCCAACAGCAUUGCCAACCUGAGACUGAAGGCCAAGGAAUAUAGUUUACAGAGGAACCAGGUGCCAACAGUCAACUGAGGAAAAAAAUAAAUAAACAGGCCUAAGAAGAAAUCAAAAACCAUAAGACACCUAUCCUGUUCUGUCAUUUCUUCAUCCGCCGGGGAAAAAAAAAUAAACGCAAACAAACAAAGCCAGAACUAAAAUAUUGGGACCAUGGCGGAGAAAAGCAAGGGAGGAAACAAAAUGAAAAUUAGUUAACAAAUGUUUCUUCUUCCUCUUGGAUACCAUCACCAUUUGCUUGCUUGCGUGUGUGUGUGUGUGUGUGUGUGUGUGUGUGUGUGUGCAUAUUUUGUUUUUCUUCUAUCCAUGCUUUGCUAGUUGUACUCCAGUCUUCUAUUAGGUUCAGCCCACCCAUAUAUAUAUAUAUAUAUAUAUAUAUAUAUAUAUAUAUAUAUAUAUAUAUGAAAGAUCACUUUUCAGUAACCUGAUUGACUUCAGUGCCUUACUCCGUAUCCUUCCAAGUCUCUCUAGGAGAUUUUGAAAAUCCAAAGUCUUUCUGAAGAAACUGUAUUAUUGUGUCCAUGUUGGUCAUGUUAAGGUUUUUCUAUCAGCUACAGGAAAAAUAAAUGUACACAUGUUCUGGUCAUUGACCUGUCUGAUCGAUGUGGUUGGCCAUGUCUGGUGAACUCUAAACUCUAAGCUAUAGGUUAUAAUGUCACCAUCACCCCACUCCUUACCCAACCCAAACAAUAAACCAUCCUAAGUUAAAGACGCUCAUUGUUUUUGAACAAUUGCUGUCACUCUUUCUUUGGGAGAAGAAAUGCUUUCAGUUUUAGAGACGGAAAAAAUUUUUUGUAGGAAGACAAAUAUUGAAUUGUGAAAGGCAUAGUCUAUACCUUUGGUGCCUUAGAGGUGGUCAGAUGCACACUUUUAUAUAUACAUAUAUAUAUAUGCUGUAUAUAUUUAUAUAUAUUAUAUAUAAAAUAUUGAAAGCUUGAGUUUGCUGUUUCUCAAACACUAUAAAAGCAAACUCUUUGCCAUCACCACUGUCCUUAUUUACACAAUAAUGAUAUGUUAAUGGGGCAUCUUGCUGUUUUUCAUAUUCUAUACAAAAUCCUCAUUAAGGUCAGACAGCAAUUAGCUAGGCAGCUGUUUGAGAAGAGCUUCCAUUUUUUAUACUAGGGCUUUAAUGGAAUUAAGAAUUAGUUGAUGUUAUAGAGUUGACCUUGAGUUUGGACCCUGAGCUCAAAUGGAAAGUCUAUAUCAUCUGACUUAUCACGGGAAAUACAGGUAGAGCGAUUGGGAAAGACAGCACUCUUUUCUUUUUUCUUUUUUUUUUUUAAACUCCACAGGAAUAUGAAAGACAAGUAAUAUGUUUAAGUGAAGUACUUAAAGCUUUGUCUAAAUUUUAAAAAAAGUUAAGUACAAUUAUACUUUUACAUUUUAGUGGUUUUGAAAUGAGGUUUAGUAUCUAGGGUGGGAGGCAGGGCUGGUAUUUCUUUGUUUCUCUUUGUUCCCAUCUAUGCUUUGGCAACCUUCCUGGUGGACUUGACCAAACCAUGUUACCAUGCUGUGUCUAGUUUACCUGCUUAUAAAACGAUUUAACAAUUCCUACCUCACAGGGAUGUUGUGAGGCUACAUCCAUUUGUCCUCUCUCUCUCUCUUCCUCUCUCUCUUUCUCUCUCUCUCUCUCUUUCUCUCCUCUUUCCCUUUCUUCCUUCCUUGUUCUUUGUUUGUCCAGCACUUUUUAGCCGUGAAACAAGAAGGGACAUUAAGGGCAUACAAUAUUCAUGGACUAACACAGUAUCUGAAAGCUUUGUUUUCUAGUAAGGAAAUGGUAUCUGGCUGUACAUAAAUAUAACCUUGUAUUUGGAAAUCAUAAAUAGGUUUAUAUUUUCAAAUAUCUCAACAAUCACAUCAUUUGACCAAAGAAUAAUUUAAGGCACAAAGUAUAGAGAUAUUUUUAACUUAUACUUUCAUCAACAGCUUGGUUUUAAUAACCAUAGUUCUCAGUGAACAAAAAUAUUCAGACUGAUUUUGGCCAAAUAUGUCAACUUUGCAAUAUGAAUUACAGGCAGGCAAAGUAUUUGGGGUAUACGAUUUACUUUUAGCACACGCUUGUACUUCCCUUGGCAUAUCUGGUUGAGUCAAUGGUGAUGUUUUUCCAGUCUAACAGGCACCUAUCUGAAAACAAAUUUCAAGUGAUUUUGUACUUUGUUCAAUAUUAAGAAGGAAGACCAUCUUGUGUACUUUGAACUCAUGAAAUGAUUCCUUCUCAGCAACUAUUAUUAAAAUAUUUCUUUCAGUAUAGUUUAUGUGAUCUGGCUUAAUACACAUCACUUGUUUUUAAGGAAUCUCUCCACUCAUGUAUUUGUCCCAUUGAUUGCUGUGUUACCAAGUUUCAAAAGAACAGUGUAUCCUUAUUGUAAAAACAUUCUUUGAUUUGUAAGUGAGUACAGGUCCAAGAGACUGGUAAACCUUCUGAAUUUAGAGUUUGCAGAGAAUAGCUAAAAGAUUUCGAUUAUAGGCAAGAAAGAGAAAUUAUAAAUGAAAAAAGUUUUCUAAAGAGAGCAGAAUCUUGGAAGAUAGUUGCUUGAAGUCAUUUGAAACUUUCAUCCAUUUCCAGUAGCCAUCAAACAGACCUGAUCCCAUAAACUCAAAGGAGGAAGUGGGAGGUUAUAUUUGAUGCAGUGUAUAAGCAGUUUCUUGGAAGUUGGUAGAAUAACCCCUGCUAGUUAGUCAUAGGAGUGCCUGCAGCUGGUAGACCCACAGCACAACAUCUUUACCUGAGCACUGACUGGGAAAUAUACCUGAAACACUAACACUCAAUUUUGUUCAUUUUUGAUAAACUUUUAAAAAAGAAUAUAAGUUUAACAAGUGAUUUGGAGGAUUAGAUAUCUAGCUUGUAAGUCAAUUACCAGAGGAGUGUCUCAAUGCCAGACUCAAGGCAUAUACCUAUUGCUCUCCAUCAGUAUAUCCAGAUGAAGGCAUUAGGACUGUCAAUGUCCACAAUCCCUUCUCAAACAAGGAGCCAAUUAGUGGAGUACUUGGCAGGAUAAAUUAAACCAGAAGUAAUGAUCUAGGUAUAAAAAAAGGGGAAUGGCAUAUGGUAAUAAAGAUCUCAUAAGAAAUGUAAUAUGUAAAUUAUAUCUUGCUUUAUGAUGUAAAAUAUACAUUGUUUGUGCUAGAAUAGAAAUGAUUUCUUUUCAAUAAAAUGAAAGACUGAUAA